AUAUAAAAUCCCCUCGACAAACUUCUUAGUUUUAGUUAUUUGUUUUGCUGUUGGCCUGACAAUGCGAGUUCUCUUAAUAACAUUAUUACUCUCCGGAUUCGUAUUACCGGAGAGAAGAUAUCGUUUUACCAACAUUAAAUGUAAUGUGCUAGAUAAAUCAUAUACCUCCUUUGCACAGUGCAAACUUAAAGUUGUUGGUCGUGGAAUAAUUGCUUUAACCGUGGAAGCGAAGCUUUUAAAAGGACCUUUCUAUAAUGCUAAGGUUAAUCUCAGCCUUUGGCGUAAAUACAGUGAAUUUCGUCCAUUUAUUUUCAAUUCGUCCCUUGAUUUCUGUAAAGCUAUGGCAUGCACGAAUUCGACAUUAUCAUUUCAUAGAAUCAUUUACCGAGCUGUUCUCAAAUAUUCAAACCUAAAUCAAACGUGCCCGUAUGAUAAAGAAAUCUACAUACGUAAUUGGGUUCUUAAAGAAGAGCAAUUAAAGCUCUUACCAUUACCAUCUGGUGAAUAUCAAAUUAAAGUGAUGGCAUUCACCGACAACGAAUGUAAAGCAAUAGUUUACAUAAACUUUUCGGUAAAAGAAGAUUUGAUGCAAUCAUAAUGCAUUUAAGCAAAUAUUUUGAGAGUUUCGGUUGCGUUUCUGGUUUUGGUUUACAUUUUCUAUUAUAUAAUAUCUCAAAAAAUAUUUGAAAAAACAUUUGUAAGCAGGUAACAAAUUAAUUUGUAAUUGUUUGUUACUUUGGACUUCAAAUCUUUAAAAUGCUGUAUUUAUGAUUCCAAGAAAUUUAGUUUCGAUCAGAUAAAAAUUGUAA